AUGUACGAUUCCGGAACGUCUUCUUGGAGGUUGUCUGGAUUUGAUUCAUGCAGUCUGCCAGAUGAAGCAAUACCAUGGACUCCUAGUAUCUUCUGGAAUGGUUCAUUGUACUGGUGCGACCGAAAAGGGUUUAUAUCUUACUUUGAUACUGAUCAUGAAUUAGUUGGGGUAGUGCCACUUCCAAGUCCUGCGCAUACAAAUCGUGAUAUGAAGUCUUUCGACAUUGCGGAGUUUCGGGGCCAUUUCUAUCUUAUUGAGAAAGAUCAUGGUUGUUACACUUUCAACAUAUUCGAAUUGGAUUCCGCUGACUGCUGGAAUGUGAAAGGUCCGGUCGAUAUGAGGUUAAAUCUAUAUGCUGGGUCUCCUUAUGAUCCUAUAUUUCGGCUUUAUAGGGAUCAUAUCAUAUUCAUUACGGAGAGGGAAGAAGAAGAAGAUUCAACAAAGGUUGUGCUGCUAACAAAAGAGAAAAGUGUUGUCACUUAUGAUCUAAAAGAUAUGAGCUUCGAGAAAAUUCAUGAUCUAUUAGCACGACGACAACUGUAUUUAUGUGUCCGAUUUUAUCAAUAUAUCGAGUCCUUAGCUCGUGUUUAG